AUCCUCCCAGCGCUGUGUAGGCGUGGGCAAGCAUCACUCCUCCUCCUCCGCCACCAUUGUGCUCAAUCGUCCUUUGAGCUCGCGUCUUCUAUCGGCGAUCUUAUUAUUUUGUUUAAAUCCCCAGUAAACUGAAUGGUUAGCAGUGCCCUCGAGGAUGGCAAGGAGAGCGAGCAAGAACUGGGGAGACCAGGAGAUCAAAGGCUUGUUGGCCAUUUGGAAAGACAGGUCCAUCCAGGAUCAGCUGGCCGGGACAGUCAGGAAUAAAGACGUGUUCGUGAGGAUCUCCAACAACCUGGAGGAACUGGGGGUCAAACGCGACUGGAAGCAAUGCCGUGCCAAAGUGAAGAACCUGAAAUACGAAUACAGGAUCAUGGUGAAUCAGAGGAGAUCUGGGAGGAGGUGCAAGUCCAUGCGUUUCUACAAUGAGAUUGAUGCGGUGUUGGGUUGCCGAAGUCUCCAGGCCGAGAGGACACAGGACAGGACCUUUCUCAAUGUGGUGGUCAAAGAGGAAGAGGGGGAAGAGAAAUUACAGAAGGCAGCACCUCAGACAUCGUCCGCCACCGAGAACAUUGCAGUUUGCUGUGCCCCACCUGCCGCCACCAUCAGCAGGAAUGAGGAAGAGGAUGAAGUUCAGCCUGAACCACAGUCUGCAGCAGGUGGUGUUACAGCAGAAACAGAAGCUCUGGCGGAAGAGGAAAAGAUUAGCACAAGCACGGAGGACGCUGGCACUACUAGCAGGAAGAGGACGUCACCUGAGAAGGAUUGCUCGGUGCCAAAAAAGAGGAUGAAGGUGAAGCACGGAACCAUGUUUCAGAGACACGUUGGGACCAUCAUCAACACCUUCAUGGACUAUCAGACGAAGGCUGAGGAGAGGUUCUACAAAUGGGAAGAGGAGCGACGACGGGAGGAGCGAGAGCAUGAGCUGCGGAUUAUCCAAUUGUUGCUGGAUCACUCCAGGUCCUCGAUGAUUCAGACGCCUCAGACUCCAGAUUAUCUGCGAUCACUGCACAACCACAACACCCACAUAUUCACACCUUCUCCCUCAAACAAUUAAUAUUUGUUUUCUAUUUAUUAGCCCAUGGUUUGUGGGUGAUCUGCACUGUUUGCCCUAUUUUGACCAGGAGUGGUUAAGAUGCAGUUUUUACUUCCAUGGGAUCCAAGGUUAAAGACGUGGAGUGGAUAGAGAUCAGGUCAACCUGAAGAUGUGGUCCCAUGGUAAAUUACUAUUAACCAACACUCACUAAAUGUCCAUCCAGGUACACUCACUGAGCUCAUCUGUCUUUGAGUGUGUCAACAAACCUAGCUAGACCAGGGAGCAGGAAUCCAAACUAUGGAUGAUUCUCCAGGUCACUGUUCUAUCUAAAAGAACACUUUGGGGGGCAGGGGAAGGAGGUGAAAAUUGGCCACAGAUGAAAGAAGCCCCCUGCUAACUGAAGAUCCUGCUGACAUUUGCUGCUCAUGAUCGUACACAAACGAUUGCACUGGGUACCAGGAAGCUACAAUUGUUUUCAGAACACUUUCUGGUACAAACUGUGCAGUCGAGAGAGGAAAGAAAUUUUAAUUGUAAAAGCCAACAGUGGCGGUCAAAAGCAUUUAUAUUUAAAAAAAAAAAAGGAUUGGUAACAACCAUAAAGCCUCCCUUGAAAUAUUUAUGUCUUUUCAGUUGCCUUUACACUGCCACAGUU